UAUGGACGCGUAAAUAAAAAUAAUGAGGUAAAUAAAACAAUUUAAGCAAGUGUUAGUGUCAGAAUAAUUAAUUAUAAUUGCUGUUUGUUGUUCAAUAAACAAUUACAAUAAUUAUAAAUAAUUAAAAAAAUAAAAUGGCGGAAAAAACAAAGACUGCUAGUCAUGUGAAGCAUGUGCCUAAGGAUGCACAGGUUAUAAUGUCAAUAAUUAAGGACAUGGGGAUUGAACAAUAUGAACAAAAAGUUAUCAAUCAACUACUUGAAUUUACUUACCGCUACAUUACAUGUACCCUGGAUGACAGUAGGAUCUACGCUAGCCAUGCGAAAAAGAAAUUUAUUGACCUAGAUGACGUUAGAUUAGCUGUAAAAAUGCAGCUGGAGAAAACUUUCACUAAUCCACCGCCAAGAGACGUUUUGCUGGAGGUCGCUAGGGCUAAGAAUAACAUUGCGUUGCCGUUUGUCAAGCCGAAUAAUGGACUCAGGUUGCCGCCAGAUCGUUACUGUUUGAUAGCAGCUAAUUAUAAGUUGAAGCCUACCUUAAAGAAACCUGUUGGUAAGCCGAUUCACACGAUAGUCGGCAAUAAUUUGGUCAGUGGGCAGUCCAGAGUUAGAGUUGAUUCCAAUAAAACUGGUCUCUCGGUUGUUAAGAGGCCUGGAACUCUUACAACUAUUGCUAGGACGCAGACUAUAUCUGUUCCUAAGCCUGUUUUUAAAAUUUCAACUGCUGGUUCCAAUUUACCAAGUGGUCAAACUACAACAGUUAAACCUAAAAUCCCAAUAGCAACCAGCCAACCAAUGUCUUCUACUUCUAUGGAUGAUAGCUUAAAAAGAAAACGAGAAGACGACGAACACGAAAUUCCAUAAAAUUAUUUUUAAGGUAAAAUAUACUGGUAAUUAUUAAUGGUUUAUUAUGCGUAAUUAUUUUGUUAAUUAAUAAAAAUUUACUAAUAAAAUAUUUUGCUUAUUGAAAUAUUUUUUUCUUGCAAAUGUAUAUUGUAGGGUAACAGUACCAUUUGUGAUCUUUGUAUCUAAAUUAAUAUACAAAUCAUUCUAUAAAUGUUAUAGUAUGAUAAAUAAAAUUUAUAUGAUUGUAGACGUAAAUUUGAUAAAAAUAGAAUUCUUUAUCUAUCAAUCUGAGUUUUAAGUAAAAAACUGGUACUUAUAGUCUAUAAAAUUUCCCGUUAAUUACAAGUUACAGUAAUGUAAUAUUUAAAAAGUAGAAGUAUAAUUAAUAAUAUUAUUUUGAUAUAUAAUUACGUAAUUUAAAUGUAAAAAUGUACAUCAAACACCUAGAAUGUUUAAUAAUAUUUUCAAAAGUUCAUAUCUUUGUUCCAUUAAACAAUGCCAACAUAUAUAUUUGUAAUGCUAAGCAAUAAAAAUUAAAAUUUAUAA